AUGAGUUUCAAGGAGGGAACUAAUAUGGGGGACGUCUUAGCCACUGAAGCCAAUCUACUUGGGAUGAUUAAAGAGUACCUUAAGGUUGAACAAUUUGAUAAUACAGUUCACAGUUUUGACAAAGAGUGUAAGAGUAAAGGAAAGCUUGUGUCCAAGCCACAAGGAAAUGCUCUGAGAGAUGCUAAGACUCACAUCGUCCAGAAAGACCUUCUUAGUUCUUUCAAUGAUGGAGACUACAAAGUGUUCUUUGAGGUGUGGGCAGAGAAUAUUCCGUCUGAUCUGCCUUGCACAGAUCCUGAGGCUCUAAACCUGGAGUUCUACCUUCAUAUUCAUUUUACUGUCUUUCCACUUAGAAGACAUCCUGGAAGACAAGCAGAGUUUGCAGAGAGGAUAUCUUAUUUCAAGAAAUACCUAAAGUCAAAUGGGAGAGCACUGAGUCAGUCCAUAGAGUUCCUGCCUUAUUAUGCAUUGCCUUAUGUGUCCGACCUCACUACCCAUCCCUUCUUCAAGGAGCUCUUUCAGGAUACCUGGAUACCUAAGUUAAAGAAUAGACUUCAAGACUUUCUGUCCAUGACAAUGAAGCCUUCAAACUGCCCUAGGCUGCUUACAUUAUAUAAAGAAGGUGGAAGAAGUUCAAAAGAAGCUUUGCAACAGCUCCAACUACAGCUGACUGAGUCAGAGCGCUGCUCCGCCAGCUACAUGCGAAAGUUUAACAAGAUGCAGGCAGAUUAUUACCAGCUCAUUGGCAUCACUGCAGAGUUGGUUGACUCUUUGGAAGCGUCUAUCAGUGGAAAAAAUAUCUCCCCUGAGUACCUGCAGAGUGUGUGUGCUCGCCUGUUCAGCAGCCAGAUGAGGCAUAGCACAGUACAGGCGACUGACUUCACCAGGCCUGGCACUGGAUAUUACUCUAUGAGUCCCUAUGAUGAUGGCUAUGCGUCCUCAAUACUUCGAGCAUCCAUUGCACCAAACAGACCUACGGAAGUACCAGUGCUGCCUUCUCUGGAUUAUAUGAAGCUGAAGAAGGACCUGCUUGAAGGAUCGGACCGUCUCAAGUGUUUGUUGCUUCAGGCCCUGCGCUGGAGACUUACACGCUCAAUUCCUGGUGAACAAAGAGAGACUGUGCUACAAGCUUACAUCAACAAUGAUCUACUGGAAAAUUACAGCAUAAAACAGAAAACUAUCCUUCAUUUAUUGACUUCAAAGAAUGAAAUGGUGCGACAGUACAUGGCUAGUCUUCUCAAUACAUUUUCCUCCUUUCCAGAUGGGCGAGUUUAUCUCUCCCAAAACCCAUUGCUUCCAACACUUCUGAUGGAGACACUCAAGAAGAAGGAGGAGAACUCCUUGACAAGAGAGAUAGCGCUGGUGGCACUGCAGAAACUCAGCCUAAUGAGAAAGCAGCAGAUGGCCAUGAUAGAAGAUGAUCUGAUUGGCUGGCUGGUGAAUGAAUUGCAUGACCCAGACUGUCUGAGUGAUUCCACCCUUGAGUAUACUGCAGCUCUUCUCUUGAACUUGUGCCUGCGAACAAAAGGAAAAAGGAAGUGUGCCGAAAACGCCAAACAUGUACUCAAAGUUCUAACUGACCUCCUCGGACAUGAGAAUUAUGAGAUUCGUCCAUAUGUGAAUGGAGCUCUGUACAACAUCCUGAGUCUACCCUCUGUGAGACAGAAAGCAAAAGAGAUGAGCGUGGAGGAGAUCCUUUGCUGUUACAACAAGGAAGAUAAUGAAGAUCUUCACAGACAAAUUGGCUUCAUAAUUAAAAAGCUCAACUCAGCGGAACAAGAAGCACCAGAGUCGGACGAUGAAGAGGACGAGGAUGACAAUGAUGAAGAUUUAAUAGAGUUGGAUGGAGAAAAAGAGGAAGUCCUUCAGCCACAGCCCAGUGAGCUUUCUGGAGAAAGUCUGCUGACCACAGAAUACCUGGGUAUUGUUACCAACCUACCAAAAGUGAAGAAGAAGUCGCACCAGCAGCACCAACCAAGCAUUGAUGAGCCUCUACAGCGGCCGGUGACGCCAAGUUCCCAUCGAAACCAUCACCACGGAGACCAGCGCAAGAAGGGAAACUCUCCUCCUUCCAAGAACGAUUCUCGACCUCAUACAGGCCAUGGCAAUCGACCACGUACAUCUGACUGUCUCCCUCACAGAACCAAAUUGGACCAUGGUCGCCUCGCCAAAGCUGAUCUGGAUCGGUCCAAUGAGGUACAAGCCAGAGAAGAAAGCCUCCAAGAGACGGACAAUGGAAAUUUUGAAGGGUGUGUGCACACUCCUGUGCCUGGAGCUCAAGGAACCAAACGAGCUCCCAGGGUGGAGUGUGACGACAGAGUGGAGACUGCCAGUCAACACAGAGGUGAAGAGGAAGCUGUCACCACAGAGUAG